AUGGCCGCCACGGCGGCCUUGAGCUUCCACCCGCCCGCCUUCUCAGUCUCAGCUCACCCACGAGAGGCAGCAGCAGCGACGACGAGGCAGCCGCUCCACCAUUGCUCGCCUCUCAGGAUCGUCGUCCCUAGAACUAGAAGAACGCGCCUUCUCAGGGCCAGGUCCUCCAAUGGGCGCCCGCAGAUCAGUGCCUCGUUCGGCACCAGCAAUGAGGUGCUAGAUGGGAUGCCGACGGGAGAUGGAGCACAGGGGCAUCAGGGAGGGAGCACCGUCAGCAUCACCGUCGUCGGGGCCUCCGGCGACCUCGCCAAGAAGAAGAUCUUCCCGGCCCUCUUCGCCUUGUUCUACGAGGACUGCCUUCCAGAGCAUUUUACAGUUUUUGGUUAUGCCCGUAGCAAGAUGAGCGACGAAGAGCUCAGGAACAUGAUCAGCACGACUCUGACGUGUCGAAUCGACAAAAGGGAGAACUGCGGUGACAAGAUGGAACAGUUUCUGAAGAGGUGCUUCUACCAGUCUGGGCAGUACAACUCAGAGGAGGGGUUUGCUGAGUUAGACAGAAAGCUUAAAGAAAAAGAGGCAGGCAGGCUACCGAACAGGCUGUUUUACCUGUCGAUCCCACCAAACAUAUUUGUGGAUGUCGUAAGAUCCGCUAGCCGUACCGCGUCAUCUUCAAGCGGGUGGACGAGAUUUAUAGUGGAGAAGCCAUUCGGCCGCGACUCGGAGUCCUCAGGCGAACUCACUCGGUCCUUGAAGAAGUACUUAGCCGAGGAGCAAAUAUUUAGGAUCGACCACUAUCUGGGCAAGGAACUAGUUGAAAAUCUUUCAGUCCUCCGCUUCUCCAACCUCGUCUUCGAGCCGCUGUGGUCGAGGAACUACAUCCGGAAUGUGCAGCUCAUCUUCUCUGAAGAUUUCGGCACCGAGGGUCGAGGCGGCUACUUCGACAACUACGGAAUCAUCCGGGACAUCAUGCAGAACCACCUGGUGCAGAUCCUGGCCCUGUUCGCCAUGGAGACCCCGGUGAGCCUGGACGCCGAGGACAUCCGCAACGAGAAGGUGAAGGUGCUGCGGUCGAUGCGGCAGCUGAAGCUGGAGGACGUGGUGGUGGGGCAGUACAAGGGCCACUCCAAGGGCGGCAGGUCCUACCCGGGCUACGCCGACGACCCCACCGUGCCCAAGGGCAGCGUCACGCCCACCUUCGCCGCCGCCGCGCUCUUCAUCGACAACGCGCGCUGGGACGGCGUGCCGUUCCUCGUGAAGGCCGGCAAGGCGCUGCACACACGACGCGCGGAGAUCCGGGUGCAGUUCCGGCGGGUGCCGGGCAACCUGUACCGUCGGAACAUCGGCACGGACCUGGACAAGGCGACCAACGAGCUGGUGCUCCGGGUGCAGCCCGACGAGGCGAUCUACCUCAAGAUCAACAACAAGGUGCCCGGGCUGGGCAUGCGCCUCGACCGCAGCAACCUCAACCUGCUCUACUCCGAGCGCUACCGCCGCGAGAUCCCCGACGCGUACGAGCGCCUGCUGCUGGACGCCAUGGAGGGCGAGCGCCGCCUCUUCAUCCGGAGCGACGAGCUCGAUGCCGCCUGGGCCAUCUUCACGCCCGUGCUCAGGGAGCUGGAGGACAAGAAGGUGGCGCCGGAGCUCUACCCCUACGGCAGCAGGGGCCCCGUCGGCGCGCACUACCUCGCCGCCAACUACAACGUCAGGUGGGGAGACAUCACCAGCGAUGACAGCGCCUUCUAG